UCUUCUUCAUCAUCGUCCUUCAACAAUGUCUUUCGGAAAGGUUUAUGGUUACAUUGGUAACCCCAGAACGGCCGUCGUGCUGAUGCUCGCCAAGUACUUCGACCUCGACGUCGAGCUCGUCGAGAUGGGCGGUGGCAAGUUCACCCUCGAGUACGAGACCAACUUCCCCUGGAAGAAGAUCCCCGCCUUCAUCGGUGCCGACGGCGUCGUCCUUCACCAGGUCACCGCCAUCGCUUUCUACUUCGCCCAGCAGAAGCCCUCCACCCUCCUCGGAACCACCCCCGCCGAGAAGGCCUCGAUCAUCCAGUGGGCCUCGUUCAUCAACAUGGACGCCGCCCCCGCCCUCUCGGCGUGGUGGAUGCCCCUCAUCGGCAGACAGCCCUACAACAAGAAGGCUGUCGAGAAGGCCGAGCAGGACUUUGUUUCCUACGCCGGUGCCAUCGAGGCGCACUUGGCCGCCAACACCUUCCUCGUCAGCGAGCGUAUUACCAUCGCUGAUAUCAUCAGCGCUGCUAUCCUCACCCGUGGAUUCCAGUACGUCUUUGGCGCCCAGUGGAGAGCUACCUACCCCGCCAUCACCAGAUGGUACACUUUGAUCACCAACCAGCCCUUCUGGGACACCAUCCCUGCCGCUCCCGCUGUCUUCAUCGAGGAGGCCGUCAAGUACACUCCCCCCAAGAAGGAGGCCGCGCCCAAGAAGGAGGCCGCCCCCAAGGCUGCCGCCCCUAAGCCUGCCGCUGAGGAGGACGACACCUCCAAGGAGGUCAAGGCCAAGCACCCUCUCGAGGCUCUUGGACCCGCCAAGAGCUUCCCCAUCGAUGCCUGGAAGCGUCAGUACUCCAACGAGGACACCCGCCCCGUUGCCCUCCCCUGGUUCUGGGAGCACUACGACCCCUCCGAGUACUCGCUCUGGCGCGUCAACUACAAGUACAACGAUGAGCUCACCCUGACCUUCAUGUCGGCCAACCUCAUCGGCGGCUUCUUCAACCGUCUCCAGGCCUCGACCAAGUUCCUCUUCGGCUGCCUCGUCGUCUACGGCGUCUCCAACGACUCCGGCAUCACCGGCGCCUUCCUCGUCCGCGGCCAGGACGCCCUCCCCGCUUUCGAGGUCGCGCCCGACUGGGAGUCUUACGAGUUCGUCAAGCUCGACGCUUCCAAGACCGAGGACAAGGAGUUUGUCGAGGACAUGUGGGCCUGGGACAAGCCUGUCGUCGUCGACGGCGUCUCCAAGGAGAUUGCUGACGGAAAGGUCUUCAAAUAAGCUAUUUACUUCGUUUUGUCUUAGCUCUUAUCUAAAUCAACGACUUAUAACUUAUCA